AUGAUUAGGGAAAGGACUUCGGAAAGGCAGAACGUUGCUGGCCGCUCAGUCGCCAGCCCAGCUUCCACGCCCCUUCCAGCUUCCCCCGCGGUCGAGGCGGAUGUCCUCCUAGGCGAAGGCACGGCGUCGGAGAUAAACGGCGUAGGAGCUUCCUCGCCAGUUCGAGCUUCACCCUCCACUUCUUCGGUCCGCUCAACCGCUUCGUCCGGAUCCACUGAGCAAGUAGAGACAGAGUUACUUAGCUCUGCUAGCAGUGGAUCGACUGAGUCCUCGGCCAGUCAGUCGAGCGAGGGUACCCUACGGAACGGAUCUUCCAGGCGGCCUUCUCCUCUGAAUGAGGACGACGGCAGUAUAUCCUCUGCGUUCGCCCAACGCGCAGUAAAUACGCUCACUCCAAUCUUCUCGCGGGCCGGCAGAUCCAUCGACGUCUUUACGGACGAAGCUCUAUUUCAGUCGGUUGCUAGACUGCAUACCUCAUUCGAUCCGGAGCAAGAUGACGACCUGCUUACCCUCUUUGGAAUCGAAGGAGAGGGAGCCAGCCCCUGGUUCAAUGCGGAGCGGGCGGACCAACUCAGAGAUAUUCUGAGGAGGUUCGGUUACCCCCACACGUUGCUCGCUUGGGAAAAUUUGGCUGAAGCCGUAGAAGAAGUACGGACUCUCCGUUCUGAAGACGUCUCACUAGUUGAUCGAGGCAGCACGGUGGACGGCAACGACUUAUUGGGUAUCCCUAUCUCCACGUUAACGCUGCUCGCCCACGUCACGGUAGCCGCCCAGCAAAUACUGGCGAACCUGACUACAUUCGCGGCGCGAAACGUUCGAUCGAGCUUUAUGGUCGACGUGGGCUACUCGUUCCUCACCAUCUUGGAGGGACACUCGGAUGCAACUACCAUUUUAGGGACGUUGGGAGUUCUUCAGCUGCGAUUGUCUCGAGCAGUGGUUCAUAUACGAAAACAACUGAAUGAGAUACGAAGAAACCUCACCGGGGUUGAAGUCGAAUCUAUUGCCAGCACGAACUCGACACUUUCUGAAGUGCGCCACAAAUACGGCGCCGUCCCUGCUGAACAGGAAGUAUGGCGGAUAAUAGCGCGCAAAGAUUACCGCAACCUGGAGUAUAAAGCGAAUCCCCAGGAGAUACGACAAGGGAUUCAGUCAGUCAUUAAUGCCGACCGAGGAUUCAGAGCGGAUCCUUACCGCGAACGAUCAGGGAAGCGUGAAGCAGCCGCAGAGCCCUCGUCAGGGCUCGCUACGCGAGCAACGGAAGGCGCUCUCCCCAAUCCCAUUCUGCCCGGAUCCGCGCCCAAUAUCUGGGCGCCAUCACCCAGCGUGGUCAGCUUCGGCCCAGGCGGCCCGAUACCCCACGUGCUCGGCGAAGGAGCCCGGCGUCGGGUACCGAACAUCCUAUCGGCCGUGGAUUAUAGGAGUGGGGGGCCAUCUGUGACGGCUGCCCGUUCUACGGGCCGGAGCAUAUUCCCAUUCCCCUCGUCUGAAACGAGGACGGACACGUACCAACUGACCUCGCAAGGCUUGAUCCCCGUCGACCGGAAUGCCGGCCCUCCGUCGGGCCGAGGUGGGCCGCCCGGAUCCGGGCGGUCCCCGUCCCGAGAAAGGGAUCGAGCUGGAGACGGCGGACCCCCAGGCGCGAACCCUCCGAGCUGGCAUGACGCCCAUCCUCCCCGAGGAGGAGGGGAAGGGUGGCCUGAAGACGGUGACCCGGGGUGGGGUUCCCAGGUCAGAGGAACGGACGCGUCCAAUCCACCGCAUGGGCCUGGUAUUUGGCAAAUUAACCAGAAACUACCCCUCUCUAUCAUUCCGAAGUGGGACGGGGAGGGUCUCACCGCUAUCGACUACUUGUCGGCCAUGGACCGCUUGGCGCGCUACAGCUCCUACUUAUUCACGCAAGUCGGGCAGAUGGGCCCGAUCAACUUCGAAGGGCUUGCGGCAGAGUGGUGGAAGCAUUUAACACGCUUCGAACGAGAGCUAUACUCGCGAGACUGGGAUCACCUCUACAGCGCCAUCUCAAGCCAAUUCAUUACUCCGGAAUAG